CUCUUUUUCAGACCCCAGUGAGGGAAAAUAAUAUGAAAAGUGUUGGACUAUACUUUUGCAGCAAGAUGUACCACACACACACACACACACACACACACACACACAGGGGUUUUGGAGUUGACAGGACAUGUUUUCUAGGGCUUUGCAUAUAGAAGGAAGGAAUAACACAAAUUGCUCAUUGUGGAACAAGAUUUGUAAUGAGGGCCCAGGAAUACCUAGGUGGUAAAUAGGGAGGGGAGAAACAGUACUGUGAGUAUAGUUAUCCCAUCCCUAGGAAAGUUUAGUUUGGUUUGUUUACAUUUUGGACAAACAUGGCAGAAGGCAGCACCCCAAAAGAAAGAGGUUCAUUUAAAGGUUUUACUGGAGAAGAAAGAGAACUUAAUUAUAGACUGCACUGUAGAAAAUUUUUGGGUUGGUGACUAUUACAGCAAAGUUGAUUGAGAUGGAAGACAAAAAUGAGAAGUUAAAGGUGGAAAAUGAUUGUUUGAAGAAACAAAUAAAGGAUAAAGUAGAAAUUGUUCAGAAAGGAAAUGUGGAAAUGGAGGUAAGUGUAAAGGAUGUGGAAAUGAGGCAAAAUAAGUGGUUGAAUGAACAAAGAUUUGAAGAAGAAUCACUAAAGAAAAUAAUAGAACAAGAAAAUGAGAAACAAAAUGUUUUUCAAAAAGAGAAACAAUUAGUGAGAGACACUGUAAAAAACAUAAACAAGUAAUUGUAUUUGGUUUAAAGGAAGAGAAAAUAGUAAGCAGAAUUCAAAGCGAGGAAAAGGAAAAGAACCUGUUGAAUAAGUUACUGAAGAAAGUGACAGGUGAAGACAGUCAGGUAGUAAAGCAAGUGGAAGAGUUCCAAAGAAUUGGGAAAUAUGAAGAAGAAAAAAUGAGACCCAUAAGAAUAAGGUUUCCAACACAGGUACAAACAGAAGAAGUAAUUGAUGGGUCUUGGAGGUUGUCUGGAGAUAAAGAAUAUAAGAAUGUAUGGAUAAACAGGGAUAUGGACGAGACUGAAAGGUUGAAGCAAAGAAAACAAACAACGAACGGAGGAGGAGAAGAAGUUUUUCUGGAGAGUAAGAGCAUCAAGAUGAACCAGACCACCAUCCCUCUCCUGGUGCAGGAUAGUGGACAUGAUAGGCAACAGCAGCAACAGCAAUGUGUGGUUGAUGUUGAUGAUAAGAAUAGCAACAUAAGGAGGAGGCCACCCAUGAUGCUGAAGAGAGCUAUAUCAGUGCGGGAACGCUGGGAGGAGAUUGGAGUGACUGCAAACACCCACAAGUAUAAGAGUGAGUUGCUGCAGAAGGUUGCAGAAAAUGAAUAUGAAACAUGUGAACAGCUGCUGCAGAGUGGACAUGACAAAGUCACUACAAAGGAUGAGGAAACGCAUGAAACUGGCCUCCACAUAGCUGCCAAAAAUGGUUUUGUAACCCUAAUGCAAUUGUUUCUAAGUUGUGGUGCAGAUUGCAAUGCCCAGGACAGUUCUGGUAAGUCUCCAUUGCACCUGGCAGCCACUAAGGACUACUUUUCUUGCUGCCAGGUACUGUUGGUUCGUCCAGAGCUAGAAGUGAACAUAAUGAAUAGGACAGGAGACACACCACUCCACCAUGCAGCACGUGAGGGCCGUGCACACGUGUGCCUCACCAUUCUAGACCAUCCAAAGGUUAUGAUAGAUGUUCAAAACAAGAGGGGCAUGACACCUCUCCACCUUGCAGCUCAGGAGGAUCACAGGGCAGUGAUAAGUCUACUGUUAAACAAAGGAGCCAAUUGGAAGCAGCAAGAUAAAUAUUCUUAUAUGCCAAUCCAUUAUGCUGCCUUAAAAGGCUUUCCUGAGUCUUGUGAAGCAAUUUUAUCUUUUUGUAACAAAAAUGAAAGAGAAUCUCAGCUAAAGGCAGGCUUGAGAGACCAGAAAACUCCUCUGAUGUUAGCUGCUAAAGGUGGACACCAUAAAUGUUGUGUUAAAUUGGUUAACUCCAAUAUCAAUGCUCAGGACAGAGAGGGCAACACUGCUCUCUUUUAUGCUGCUGCUGGAGGAUUUGAGAACACUGUAGCUGAACUUUUAAAAUGUGGAGCAGAUCCUAAUAUUGCUAAUAAAAAAGGUAAUUCUCCUAUACUUGAAGCUGCAGGGAAAAGAAGAGUGAAUUGUUUGCAAAGACUCAUCGAAAAAAAUGCCAGUGUGGCCAUAAUCAACAAGCAAGGGAAGACAGUUCUCCAUCAGGCAGCACAGAAAAAUGCUCAGGAAUGUCUCCUUCUCCUCCUUGAUAUUCCAGAAGCAAGGAAGCACUUAGACAGUAAAGAUACAGAGGACUGCACUCCACUACAUACUGCCAUCAAACAAGAAGCUGUGGAAUGUGCCAACUACCUACUGGAACAGGGAGCUUCUCCAACAAAAGUGUGUAAGGGAGGAAUGACUCCUCUCCAUUUGGCAGCUGACAAGGGAUACACAAGUGUUUGUGAAAAGCUUCUGGCAAAUUCUUUAGUUCAUGUAAGCCAAGAAAACUGUAAAAAAGCAACACCCCUCCACCUGGCAGCUAUGCAUGGUUCAGUAGAUGUAUGUCAAAUGCUUCUACGCAAAGGAGCAAGAGUUACAGCAGUAGAUGAAAAUGGCCGUUCAGCUCUACAUAUUGCCUCAAUCAAGGGACAUGACAGUGUAAUUCGGUUCUUAGCAAAGAAGGGUGUGCCACAGAGAGCAAAAGAUGACACAGGCAACACAGGUCUUCAUUUAGCUGCCUCUGGAGGCUGGCUGGAGAGUUGUCAAGUCCUGGUAAACAGUGCCAAGGCCUUGGUGUCGGAUGCAGACCACAAUGGCAAUUUACCUCUAGACACAGCUUUUGAGAAAAAACAUGAUGAAGUGUUCAAGUUCCUUCUCAUGCAACUACCUCUCAAGAAGGAUGAUGAGCGGGCAUUUCGUCUUCAUCAGUACAUGCACAGUGCAUUGAAAGAAAAAAGAUUGAUUGUUGUGGAGGCCAUCAUUGAUAGUGCUUGGUGGGAAGCAGGCUUCAGUGGGGAGAACGGCCAUCACUGCUUCAAUUUUCAGGUCUUGCUGGAGGAGCGACCACAUCUGGCUCUCAAGGCCCAGAACAACUGCAUCCAACGCACAGAUUCUGAUGCAAAAGUCACCUAUGACUUCAGGUUCUUUGAGUUCAACUACUAUGUUGAAGGUGCAGGCAAAGCAGCCAAGAGUCCCUAUGAUGAAAGUAAUGGGACAGUAGUGAAACAUGCAAAGCAGUUCAUCGUUGAUGGUUUGGAAUGGAAACGUGUUCACCCAGUGAGCUUGAUGAUAAAACACCAUCGCACUCACCUGCUGCAUCAUCCCCUCACCAAGGCUUGGCUUGUUGACAAAUGGAAUCUUUACAUAUCCUACAUCUUCCUUGCUUUGCUCUUCAUUGAGUUCCUCUUUGUUGUGUCUCUCACCAUCUUCAUGGCAAAGGUUGAUGACUGGGCUCACGUAGAGAGGAGGUGCAAUAUGACCAGAGGCCAGUUCUGCAGCCACCUAUUCGCAGCAGCUGAAAAUGCAGAUGUGAUGGAGGUUGGUGCAGAAGUUGGAGCAAUUGGCAAGUGUCGGGCAAUGCCAAGGAAUAUUGCAGGAUGGCUCUUUCUUCUUAACAUGACUUUCAUCAUUCUGCUGUUGGAGGGCAACUAUGUUUAUCGACUGAAGCGUGAGUACCUCAGCAUGGACAAUUCACUGAGAAUUGUGGAAGUCAUCUUAACUGUCAUCCUGCUUAUGCCACUUGGAGGAUGUGAAGUGAAUUAUCAAGUGAUACAUAACCACACGAAUGGUAUCAGGAGUGAGGAUUGAACUUGGUAUGGUAGCAAGGUAAGAAACACUUAGGAGCCUCACAUGAUGGGGUUCAAAGCAAGCAUGUCCCCUUUGCAGCUCCCUAUGUCUCAUUGUUUAAAACCCAAUCUAUUCUCCUAGUCUUUUUCUAAAUGAACAGUGCUUGUAGCUAACAAAGAGGGGUGAAAGGUGUGUGGAAUUUUUUUUUUAAUUUUGUGAAUGAAAAAAAAAAAAAGGAAAAGCCAUUAAGUCUAAUAUAAGUGUGGAAGUGUUUAGAGAGCAAGAUGUUACACAGAGGAUUUAGUAGGGAAGAGGAAGAGAAAGCAGUAGCCAGGCUAAAUUUGGCAAAGCAGCAGGCAUUGAUGGAAUAAUUGUAAAAAUAUUAAAGUAUGGAGAUUAUGUUCUGGAAAAUUGGAUGCUUCUAAAUAUGUGACAUGGCAUGAAAAUAAGAAGUACCCAGUUGGUGGAGGAAGGCAUUUAUUGUACCUCUAUGUAUAAAAGUAAAGGUUGUAAGAAUUAGUGUAAUUAUUAUAUGUGGAUAACUUUACUUAGUGUGCCAGGAAAAGUUUAUGGAAAUCUUGAUUAAAAGAUUAAUGGAUGUGACAGAUGGUCAUUGAGGAACAAGGAGUAUUUAGAAGAGAAAGGUUGUGUAGCUCAAGUUUUUUCCACUGAUGCUAAUUUAGUGAGAAGGGCUGGCUGCAGCUGCCAAUGCUGCCAUUGCCAUAAACAGUGUUGUGAGUUUAGUGUGAAGAGCUAGUUGUUACCACUAUACACAGUGAUACUAGUUUAGGGAGAAGGGCUGGCUGCAGCUGCUGCUGCUGCCAUCAGUGCUGUCACCAUACAGAGUGACACAAAUGGCAGCUUCCACUACUGCCACCGUACAUAGUGAUAUGAGGUUAGUGAGAAGGGUGAGCAGUGAUAACAAUGAGUAUUCAUCAGCUGUGUGUGUAAACAAUGGCUUAGUGUGAUUUUUAGUGAUUGUUACUGCACUUUACCAGUUUUUGUUUAUAAUUGAUUUGGUGUUUUAUGACUUAAGUGUAUUUUUUAUUUUCAGUUCCAUACAUAAAAGAAGUUUGAAUGUUAUAGGUAUAUUGAAAAUAUUUUGUUUAAAUUUUUGAGGGGCCUGUCUCAGCCAAAUUGGAACCAAAGUAAUUUUCUUUCAUUACUUUAAUUAGAAUUUUUUUUUUGCAAAUCACAUUUAAUGCAUGCUAAUAGUGGAACCAAACCCAUGCAUUAGUGGCAACCUGAAUGUAUAUGUGUGUAUGCACACACUAUAUAAUAUUUCAUUCAUUUGUAUCCCUUAGCUCAUGAUGUGGUAUUAUGUGCUCACCGUUACAAUUAUCAAUUGCAAUGCCAUCAAUCGGAGAGACUCCAUGCUACUGCCUCAGUUUCUCCUGCACUCUCAUAUGACUCAUCAAGCCUUGUGUAUGCUCAAGUGAUUGUGCUUUAUCUGUCCUUAUUUAUUGUGCAACUGCAAAGCCUUAUCUAAAUGUGUCACCAUGUUUGCUAAAUGUCCUGCAUCAUCUUGUGCAAAGGAAAAGCCCCCAAAAAAGCCCAAAUCUGGAUGGGAAACUGAAGAUCAUCAACUAGAUUGAGACUGAUGAGAGGGGCAGACUUUUUGUAUUUUAUUACUUCAUUUAUUUCCAUAAUAUGAUUUACAUAGCUUAUUCUAAUGGGAUAUGUACAAAUAUAUAUGUAUUACGUACGGUAACAUGCAGAAAAAUGAAUUAGAGAGCAAAAGUGAUAAAUUUAGGAACGCGUCCCCUGUUUUUCCAUUUAAGCCUGGUUUACGUUACUCCGUUUUUAUGGAUUCCAUUUCUGUACACCUUCCAACAAUGAUGUCACCACUGUUUCUGUUUGAGCAACUGUAGUGGGAACCAGGCUCUGUUUCUGCCUCCGCUUGAGCAGAUACUGUCGAGCAGAAGAGAUGAGAUGUACGGAGAGACAGGCAGUGUUGCACGUACUGAUAUUUUGAAUGUUGUAGGUAUGAUAAUCAAGUACAUGAAAAAGCAUUAUUGAAUUACAGCUUUGUAAUGUAAUAAUGUUAUAUUGUAAAUUAAACAUUUUUACACUUCAUGAAAAAAGAGAAGUAACUGGAGUCCCAGUGUGAAGUGCGGCAACACUGCAAAGCAUAUAAACACAAGCACAAGGACUGGACAGGUUUCAGGCCAUCAGACUGCAGAAAUGCAACAAUCCUUACUCAGCAGCUAUGGUAAUGACAGUGUAUUAAUAAAUGACAACCAGACAAUUGGAAAAUACUAGUAUAGCCUCCCUCUCCACCACACUGUGCAUUGAUACAGCAGACACAACUACCCCCAUCAUGCCUUGAAGGAUUCACUAGCAUAUAGUUACUUAUAUUUCUUUAUUGUGCAAUGAAUGACAUUCUUUUCCAUCUCACUGGCCUCUUUUCAUCAGCUGUGAGCAGCAAGGUGGCAAGAAGUAUACAAAUUCCUUGUUGAGGAGGUUUCUUCUCCAUGGGGCCAUGUUGACAAACAUGGAUAUGGAGACAGCAGGCAACUCCUCUGUUCAGUACAGACUCUGGUUUUUGUGACAUCAUUGUUGGACGGUGGAAUCCAUAAAAAUGGACUAGUGUGAACCAGGUCUCAGUCUUGCUGUACAGUGGAUCACUGUACAAUUAGGUUUUCAGGAACAUAACCCAGUCAUGAAAUGGGGGAGAGGUGUAUAUAUUACUGUGUGUGUGUGUGUGUGUGUGUGUGUUUUUAAGGGUGGGGGAGAAGAAGAAAGCUAGCUAAGAGAAAGUGGGUGGGAAGAGAAGGGAUGAAAUAAAGUAAAAGAAAAAAUAGAUAGUGGGCUUGACCACUUUGCUAAUUUCUAUUUUUAUUUUUGGUUGUAUUUUUUCAUUUAACUAUAGUCUUGAGGUAUAUUGUUAUUUCAGAACAGCUAACACAUACACCUCACUCACACACUCACUUGUAUCACAAAUGCACAGGUAGAACCGCAGCUCUCCCUAAAACGCAGACUCUCAAGGGAGGUAUAUCUAUCAUAAUACUAGAGAGAGAGAGAGAAAACUUAUAAAUGUUAUCUUAUUGUAACAACCUUCCCUUGGAGAAACACAAACUAAACCCUAAUAAUUUAAACCACCAUGUGCUGUAACCCCGAGAUGAGUACUAACUCUGAAUUAAGUUCAACUUAAACAGAAAUAUACAAUAUCUACCUUAUGUUCCUUGAAAAUUAACAAACAUUAUUUUGAAUGAAAAACAAAAGUUGGUACAUAAGAUAUUUUACAUUGUUUAUAGAAGACAUAGCAAAGUUGUAAUAAUAAGGUGAUAGAUAAAGUUUAAUAAUACAUAGAAACAAACAUAGAGUUCGGUGGAUAGGAUAUUUAGGAAUUAACAAAUUAUGUCAAAAGUUAGAAUAAGGAAUAAAGAUCCAGCGGCAUAAUCUAUGGUGCUCCAGCGCAGUCCAGUAGAUUCUUCCUUCCGGCUACAACCACAAAACUUACCUGUGAAAACUAAGAAAAAAUUAACUGUCAGGUAAUUAUUGCCUGAGGUUCCUCCAUGUUAAUAAUGGCACUACUCUUGGGGAAUCAUGAAUGUUUGUUAUUUCGUCCGGUAACGUGUUUAUCAUAUAGGGCAUUUUCGUUCAUUCGUAUUGUUUCCAAAGUUUUUUGAGCUUUGUAAUAAGCUGAUAUAUUUAGAGGAGUAAUAUUGUAUUUAAUGUGUAGCUGCUCAGUAUUCAGUUGUUCUUCAUUACAGUGUAUAAAUCUGACAGAUUUAUUUAGGACUCUGCAGUUUUCUUUUUUGAGAAAGGGAGGCCAUACAUAGGUAUUGUAGGAUAUUCUAAUACGGGUAUUAGCAAAGUUUUUACUAAGAUAUUUUUUUAGUUUAGGUAUUAAGUUACUGAAUCUUCUAAGUUGACUUAAGAUUCCUCUGCCUUUAUUUAUUAUAGUUGUAAUAUGGCUUACAAAUCCUGUUGAUCUUAUGUCGAGACCAAGUAAUUUACCUUUUUUUGCAAGUUUCAAUUUCUUUACCAUUGACCAUUAUUGUUUUAGAUUUUAGUUGCGCAGUUGGUAUUAUUUUGAAUUUCUCUUCACUUGUUUUAAUUUUCCAUUUUCUUUCAAAUUUAUUUAUUCUUUCAAUUUCUCUUUCAACCUUUGCUUUCAUCAUUAGUUUUGAUUUGCUUGGUGUUGUGGUAACUUGAGUAAUAUCAUCCAUGUACAUUGUAUCCAUACAACCAUAUUCAGGAAGAGGAAGAUCGUUAGUAUAUAACAUAUACAAAGAAGGCAAUAAAACACUGCCUUGCGGAACCCCACUUGUAAGUCUUAUUUCAUUACUAUAAUCAUUUCCAAUAUUAAUUUUUGCCUUUCUAUUAUCCAAAAAAGUUAAACAAAAUUUUUUCUAAUAUAUCAGUAAGUCCAAGUCGUAAAAUUUUAUAUUUAAGCCCAUUGUGUCACACUUUAUCAAAUGCUUUAGCAACAUCUCUUAGUACCAGAUACACCUGUUUUUUAUCCGCUAAAGCAUUAGCAAUUGUUUCGUAAGUAGUUGUAUGGGUACCUUUAUACGAUCUAAAACCAUGUUGUCUUUCUUUUAGAGUAUUAUUUUCAAAUAUAAAAGAGUUAAGUCUAGCUUGAAUUAGUCUCUCAAAGAUUUUACCAGGCACUUCAAGCAAAGAAAUAGGAUAGUAAUUUAUUGGAUUUAAGGGACUUUUGUCUUUUUUAGUGAUAAACUUAAUUGUUGCUUCUUUAAAGAUAUUAGAAAGAUAUCCAAUUGCCAAACAUGCAUUGAAGAUAUUUUUUAGUUGAAGUAGUGUCUUGUCAGUACAUUUUUGUAGUAUUUGUAUAUUAAUUUUAGUAUAUCCAGGGGCUUUCUUUUUUGAUCUACGAAUGUAUGAUUUUAUUUCAUCUAAAGUAAUUUCCCUGGUGUGAUAAACUUCAUUAUUUAAUCUUUUUAAAUCAACUGUAGGAAAUGUGGAAACUCUAUUGUAAUUUACAUUAAUAUAUCUGUCGACAUGAUCAGAAUGAUGUUUAUCAAAAUUCUCUUCUUCCUCAUCAGUGAUCCUAAAAACAUCUUUCCAUGUUUCCUCUAUUAAAGUACAUUUUUCUUUAUCUGAGAAAUACUUAUUCCCUUCAGAGUCUUUCAUGUAAUUAGUAUUUGUCAUCUUCUUCCCAUUUAGUGCUUUGAUUUUAUUCCAAAAUUGUUUAUUAUUUUUAUGAUUCUCAGAAAUAUGUUUUAUUUUAUCCUCCCAGUUUUUAUUGUAAGCUUCUAUACAUCUUUCUUUUAUCUCUGUUUUUAUUCUUAAAUAUUCUCUGUAUAUUAAAAAAGUUCAGCUGUGUAUUGUUGCAUAUUGUUUAGGAUUAUUAAACUGAGACUCAAGGUCUCUUGUCAUUUUGAAGUCAUUUUGGAGUCAUUUUGAAUUGAUAAAUAAACUGAUGAGUGGACUUCGGAAUAGCUAUAUCCAUAGCCCUUUUAACUGUUUUAAUCCAUUCCAUUGUUGCAUUUUCUAAUUGUUCUUCAUUACAUCCUGCCAGAUUAUUGACAUUUAUCUGUGAGUCCAGUUUGUAAUGAAAUAUAUCCCAGUCAGCCUUGUUCAUAUUAUAAUGUUGUGGUUUCUCAAUAAUAAAAAGGUAUGGUAGCAAGCUUAUAUUUUACAGGUGAUCAGAAGUGGUUAUGUCACCAGGCUCAGUAAUAGAAUUCAGGUAGUGGUGUUUGUUAGAAAAGAUUUUUCAGGAGUUGUAGAGGCAUUAUGGCUAAAAUACAUAGGAAAAUGAGGACCAAGAUGGAUUAGUUUGCCUUGGUUUAUAAGAUUAGCCAAACUUUUCCCAACAGUAUUAUUAUCUUUAUUUCCAAAUACUGAGUGCCUGCCAUUAAAAUACCCCAGUAUAUAUGUUGGAAUACUAUUACUUAACAAUCUGUGCAUAUCUGUAUAUGGCAAAAAAGGACGUCUUGGAGGUAAAUACAUUGUAGCAACUUGAAUAGGGCCCAAGCUAGUAUCAACUUCUACAGCAAUAAAGUCAGUAUCGAAGUUAUCAAGUAAUUUAUGGUUAACAUUAUACUUUAUAGCAAUUGCAGAGCCAUCAGAUAUAGUUUCAGAAUAAUUAAUUUUAUAAAUUCUAUAACCAGGAAUUUUUAGUUCUUCACUGUUUUUUAAUCCAUGACUAUUUAAUAACAAAAUAUCAGGGUUAUUUUUAAGAUGAUAAGGUAUUAGAGAUGCUUUAUUAGUUUUUCAAUUCAGGAUAUUAUGUUGGAUAAUUGUUAUCUGGUGCUUAAUGAUAGAGAGUCCUUUUUAGGCAUGGAUCACGUUGUUCCCUGGGAGAACAUUCCUGGAUAAGUCCAGAUAUAAUUUUCCUGAAUUCAUUUUUCUCCACCAAAAAGAAACAGUUAGACAGUAGUAUUUCCCUUUUUUCUGUUUUAUGUAGAAUUUGUUCUUCAUCAAAGUUUUUGUUUGUGUAUGUCCAUUUUAUCUUUUUACUUCUCAUAUCUUUUAUCAAUUCCACAGUUGGAGACUUUGAAGGCCAACCUACAUCUUUGGUGGUAAAGAAUUUCAGGCCUAAAUCUUUAGAGUUUACUUUCUUUACAGAGACAGAUUCUCUGCUGACACUUACAUUGCCUAUACUACUUUGCCUGCUCAAACUUUUCUCUUCUAUUGAUGUAUCUUGCUGAGAAGGGUCAAGACUCACAGCACCAAUCUCAGACUGAUCAAUGCUGUCAUCAGGAAUUAUUAUGUUAGGUAGAUUGUUUGCACUUAAUGCUUUAUUAAGUUCCAUAGCAUAAGACCCUGGUAUUUCCUGGUUUUUAACUUGAGCAUGUGCUACACAAAUAUGAAUUUUAAGUAACUCCUCUUUGGUAAUUUUUGGAAUGUGAUAGCUGGUCAUUUUAGAUGGGACAUUAGUCAUUGCAAUAUCAGAGUAAGUCAUGUUUUUUUUGUGUUUAGUUGUGCUCUUUUUUCUUUUAAAUUUCCUUUCUUUUGGGGCACUUCAUUGCAAGUGUACUGUGAUUAUCUCCACAAUUUAUACAUUUUUUAGUUGAUUCUCGGCAUUGGUGCCACACAUGUCCUUCAGCACUACACUCAGAACAAAUCUUAUAUUCUCUGAUUUUUGGCCAUUCAUUGGUGUAGUGGUGUUCUAAUGUGUAACAGCGCAUACAGCAUUGUAUAGGAAUGUAUGUCUCAAGUCUGAUUUCAUAACCAGGGAUACUUAUCCUGAAAGCUUUCAGCCCCUUUUCAGUACAUUUUCUAGCUAGUAAAGUCUGAGUAAAAGGUAUCUUUAAUGUUGGAGAGUUAGGGAAUUUGAAGAUGUUUUCAAUUUCAUCCUCCCUUAUCCAAUCAUUUCCCUUAAUUAUUUCCUCACCAAUAUCUACCACUUCAUUCUCAUAUAUAAUUUCAUCCACUCUAGGAAUGAUCACGCUCUUUCUGGCUCUUAAAUCUGGAGGAAUCAUAGGAUGAAAGUCAUGUUGGAUGAGUUCUUGUCUAGUUUCAGAGGCAAAGAUAUUGUCAGCAUGGUGUUCAUUUAAAAAACUGUCAUGAGUACUGAAUAUUCUACAGAUCUCAAUGUCCUUUUUACACAGUAUCUCUAUAAGCCAUAUAUAUAUAUAUAUAU